UCGCCAUCUUGCGUGCUUUCCCACUGAGCUUCAAUAUACGAGGCUCUGAUCUUGCGAAAUGGAAUCUUUUGUCAAUCGACUACAGGGACGUCCGGGGCCAAGCGGGCACGAUUUAGUAUCUUUGCCUCUCCACAGCAUGCGGAAUUCGGAGGAAACAACCCUGAACAAUCGUUCUCUCCACGAUGCUGAGGAUGGAGACGACGAUGGGGAUGCUGACCCUCUCCUGCCCUCCGCAGCAGGCACUAUCGAAAGAGUAAAGGCAGAGAUAGAGCACGAACUUGGUUCCUCGGAAGGAGAUACUGGAUAUGACCGCAAGUCGAAAAUCAUCAACAAGGCCAUACAGGAUAUUGGCAUGGGCAAAUACCAGUGGCAGUUGUUUUCUUUGUGUGGAAUGGGGUGGCUUGCCGACAAUCUUUGGAUGCAAGGACUUGCUCUCGUGCUGCCGCAACUGACGCCAGAAUUUGGCGUUUCUGUAUCGCACAUACGAUACACGACCAUGGUCACGUUCAUUGGACUUUCCAUUGGCAGCACUUUCUGGGGCAUUGCAUCAGACAUCAUUGGCCGAAAACCUGCGUUCAACAUCACAUUGUUGCUGUGCGGUUUGUUUGGAACCCUUGUAGCACUGGGCCCUACCUGGGCUAUCACCGCUCUGCUGUUCGCAUGUAUGGGACUAGGAGUUGGCGGGAACCUUCCUGUGGACGGGGCACUAUUUCUCGAGUUUUUACCGUUCGAGUCAAAUAAGCUUCUAACUCUUCUCUCAGUCUGGUGGCCCGUCGGACAGCUAAUCGCUUCAAUUCUCGCCUGGAUGCUCAUCCCGCGUUGGUCCUGCGAUCCUGAGCUGAUUCCUUGCUCGGGUUCAUCUUCCGCGCCAUGUUGCGCAAGCUCUGACAAUAGAGGUUGGCGAUUUUACAUCGCGUCACUCGGUUUAACGACCCUGUUCAUGUUUGUUUGUCGAUUUUUCUUGUUCCGCCUCUAUGAGUCACCAAAAUAUCUGCUCUCACGCGGGCGACAAUCUGAAGCCGUUUCCGUGGUGCAGACCAUUGCAAGGUACAAUGGCACAAACACGUGGCUGACUGAGGACAUACUUGUUGAGUUCGGCGAUGACGUCGAUGACGGUGCACCGAAACUGACGGUGAUGGAAAUUAACAAGCGAAACAUGAGCAAAUUCUCGCUUGAUAAAGUGGGAGCACUAUUUGCCGAUCGCAGACUGGCAAUCACGACUGUGCUGCUGUGGUUUAUGUGGGCUGCCAUUGGCAUGGGAUACCCGCUUUUCAACGCAUUUCUCCCUCAAUAUUUAGAGCACGCUGGGGAAGAUUCUGCCCCUGUCUCGGCUGAUGUUGCUUAUCGAAACUUCUUUAUCACGUCCAUUGCUGCCGUUCCAGGUAGCAUUAUUGCCGCUUACACAGUGGAUGUCAAGAGUCUCGGGCGUAAAGGGACAAUGGCAAUCUCUACACUGAUAAGCGGCGUAUUCCUCUAUCUCUUCAUAGUAUCUGAUGAUCCCACUUACCAAAUGAUUUGUUCUGCUAUAGAAUCAUUCUUCCAAAACGUAAUGUAUGGGGUUUUGUAUGCCUAUACUCCUGAAGUUUUCCCCGCACCUUGCCGUGGCACAGGCACAGGAAUAGCUUCGCUUUUGAAUAGGAUGGCAGGGAUUACGGCGCCUAUCAUAGCUGCGCAAAUGGGAGAGGUACAUCCUUCAGCACCGAUCCUCGCAGCAGGUGCUUGUUAUCUUGCCGCCUCGGUGGCAAUGAUCUUGCUUCCGAUUGAAACUCGAGGUAUACAGAGCCUUUGAUUCGUUAGGCAUCUUCUGCUGGUCGAUUAUCGGAGAUAUCGUUCUGCAGAACGGCUCGGAGCCUACUGAAACAUGCAUGUCCAUGCUGUUUCUAGCAAUUACAUGGUUAGAGUACCGAAGGAUUAUUUCAGAGAUAUUACUAUUAAAGCUCUGGUAUGAUCAGCUGAUCUACAUAAUAUGGGACAAUGAUCUGAUGUAGAGAUAGAUUGUAACCCAAUAGCGAUACCCAACCCUAACUUCCUUUGGAGACUUCGAGCCGUAUCUCAUGGGCGUCAUGAAGCGUGGACUUUGAUGGCAUAUUUGUGCUGGGGUCCAGCAAAUUUGGCCCCCUUGCAGACAAACUCUAUACAGCGCGUUCGAGUAAGAUAGCGCUGUGCAGAGGGUGAAUUCAGUGAAUAAGAACGUAGAAUUAUUUCCGGUUGUAAGAUUAUUUGAUCGAGAACUUUGUUGGACAGGGAGAGAGCCAAUAUCCUCAAGAUCACUAUUUAUGUAGCGUAGCAGAAGAAGAAGAAGAAGAAGAAGAAGAAGAAGAAGAAGAAGAAGA